AUGAAGAAUCUCACAAUAGCCCUAAUGUUGCUAGCCACCUCCCUCCUCCUCCUCCUCCCGACCGCACGCGCCACCGGCGGCAGCGCGUGGGUCAAAACCAUCACCAAAGGCAACAAAAAACUAACAAAAUUCCACUUCUACGUCCACGACCCGGGCGCGGGCCCCAACGCCACGCUGUUCAAAGUCGCGAACGCCUCCAUCACCGACACCUCCUCCACGGUGUUCGGCCAGGUCAUGGUCUUCGACGACCGCGUCACGGCCGACCCGGACAUCAACUCGGCCCAGGUCGCCCGGGCGCAGGGCACGGCCGCCUCGGCCGACCUCCAAAACUUAGCCGUCGCCCUAAACAUGAACUUCUACAUCACCUCGGGGGAGUACAACGGGAGCACGGUCAGCAUUGCUGGCCGGAACCCGCUGCUUGCCCCGUCCAGGGAGGUGCCGGUUAUCGGGGGCACCGGCGCCUUCCGGUUCGCUAGGGGAUAUGCCGUUACGAGUACUUAUUCGAUGGAUCUUGCGGCGAGUUAUAUUGUUCUUGAAUACACGAUUUAUGUGAUCACUUAUGAUCAUGAGAUUGUGUGGCCGAGCACUUGA